UCCAUCCACUAACUCGCCAUGGAUCUUUGUUGUCACGGAGUUAUAAUCUUAUUUACAGUUUUGUUAAUAUAUUUUACAUCCAUAAGUAAUUGUUUUGAGAUGAAAACGAUAUAUUGCACCAUAUCUGACAGCUGUGACUGCGAUUUUAAACCAAACAUACAAGGCUUGGAGUGGGACCUUUAUAAAAAUCUGUACGGACAGCAUUUGGUGCAGGACAUUGUGUCCGAGUCAGUGGCGAGUUUCCUGCAGAAACAGAGUCCAGACAGGCCACUGGUUCUUUCCUUCCAUGGAGCAUCAGGCACUGGAAAGAGUAUGGUGAGCGCCAUGCUGGCCCGUCACCUGUACGGCACCUCCAUGGGCAGUCCUUACAUCCAUCAGUACAUCCCCACACUGCACUUUCCCCUCACUGACCGCGUGAAGCAAUACAGGUCAGAUUUGAAGCACUGGGUACAGGGGAACCUCACAGCCUGUGCUCGCUCUGUCUUCAUCUUCGAUGAGAUGGAGAAGAUGCCUCCUGGAGUGAUUGAUGUUCUGGAACCGUUCCUCGGGCCUUCGCACGUUGUUUUCCAGACCAACUACCGCAAGGCCAUUUAUAUUUUUAUUACUACAGCUGGUCAGGAAGUCAUUAACAGAGUGACCCUAGAGAACCGACAGGCAGGACGAGACAGGGAGGAAAUUCAGGCAGAGCAACUGGAGGAGGCGAUUGCAGACGCUGUAUACAACAAUAAGAAAAGUGGAUUCUACCAUUCAAAAAUCAUCUCUGCAAACAGAAUAACCCACUUCGUGCCCUUUCUGCCCUUGUGUCGGCGACACGUGGAGCGCUGUGCCCAGCGGGAACUGUGCCAGCGCGGCGAGUGCCAGCGCAGAGACGUGUCAGUGGCAGUAGGGGGCGCCAUGUCCUACACCCCACAGGAAGGGCAACACUUCUCAAGCACAGGCUGCAAGCUUGUACCUGCUAAAGUCAAUCUCUUCCUAUGAGCCACGGGAGUGAUACGAGUGGACAUAACAGGAACAUCAGGACCAGCUGGUGUUCAUCCGUACUGGUACACAGGAGCAGAUUUUGCUUUUGUAAGGAUACUGGUUCUGCAUGAACAGGCCCAAAGAUCAGAAGUACAGCCCUGAAGAUUGGCUCGAAGAUAAGUUUACAUGAACUAAUAAAAUGCUGACUAUCAGGGGAUUAAUCUGUUUAUAAAGAUGCAGGUAAAGGACCUUGCAGGCGAGGAUUGCCUCUAUGAAGGAGGAAUUAUUUCCACAGCUGUUCUGUGUGAACCAAACACACAGCAGUUAUGCUGCUGAUCAUUGUAAGGGAACAGAUGUACAGAGCUGCAGUCAGCUGACUGGACAGAUUUGUUCAAUUAAGAGGAAGCGACUUUGUCUUCCCUGCUAGAAUUUUUUUUUUUAGCUGAAUCUGUACAAUCUUUUAUGUGUUAUUUAUAAGUCAGAAAUAUCGGUGAGUUUAAUUCGUGACAUUAAUGAAGGAACAUGAUACCAAUCCAAACAUUGGACCCAUCUAUUGUCAAUCAUUUUUCUUAUCUUAGGACUUUUUCCUCAUUUUAAAACACUCGAAAAUUAUACAAUGACCAAAAGCGUUAGUCGUUUUUGUGUUUAUGGGUGGCAUGCCCAGUAUUUCAAAAUUUUAUUAAUAAGAUAUACACUUCAAUCAUAUAUCAACGAAAUCUUAUAUAUACAUUCAUUCGGUGUUGUCCAAGAUUUUGACUGGUAUUGAAUGUGGCAAAUGAAGUACUGUAUUUUACUGUCUUUUACAAGAAGUGCAAAUAUUAAUUUGUACUGCUCAUAAGUGAGAUGUCUGUUUGUUCUUUUAUUGUGGAUUUUUAACUCAUGUCUAAAAGUAAAGAUUACUGGAAUGUUGAUUUCUUAAUGCAUUGUAUGUCGUGAACCAUUGAGAUAAGAUAAGAUGAGACGGGAGUCCUUUUGUUAGGCCCUGCACUCUGAAGUGUCGUCCAAAAUCAUUGAGCGUUGUAAUCAGACAAGCCUCUGCCUCACUGUGAAAGCUGUGAUCAGCAACAUAAUGUGUCAAAGGUAUUUCCUGGGUAGGUAUGUAAGCAAAGUACUAAUGUCCUUCAAAGUGCAAGGUUUCCUCCUAAGCAUCUGUUAAGGUUUAAAAAGGUCAAACUGGGACUUCUAAUUCAAGUGUGGUCUUUUUAUUCCGUAAAUGUAUUGAUAAUACAAGUUGCCUUCAUUGAACACAGUACUGAACUCAAAAAUCAUUUUGAAUAAAUUAGUUUUUGUCAGAUGCCGAAUUGGGAAAUGCCAUCGAAACGAUCAUGUAUGUUCACUUGGUCCCAUGUCAUUUAUUUUGAUCAUGAUCUUUCUCUGUCAGGGGUGUCUUUUGAGCUGAUUUAAUAGAGUUAAGAAAGUGGAGAAAGAAAUACUGUGAUGUGCCUCAAACAAAAUAAAAACUUGAAAAUCA